GACAGCAGUCUUGUGCCUUACUGACUGUCUUGUUUGUACCAUUGUAUGGACCUAUAAGGACACCAAUGUAGCUGGUUUUCAGGAGACGAAAGACAAGGGCUUGAGGAUGAUAUUUAGGAAGGUAGAGCACCUUCUGCCCCUUGCUGUUCUCCUCCAUCUGUCCAUCAUUCCCACUGAAACUAAAGUGGUGACAUCAGUGGAAGAAUGUAAUGAGUUUUUUCUUCAGCAAACUCCACCAAGAAUCCCGGGAAUUUUGGAGGGAGGGGAUAUCCUGGACCAGAACAGAUACAGAAUGAUUUGCCAAACUUUUAAUGACAUCAGAACAUUUGUGACACUCUACGACACCCACAACAAGAUUCCAGUGUUUUCUGCAGCAAAGUACAGAGGAGGGGGAGGCAAGAGACCAAACAGCAUUUGGAUGAUUGAACCACAGCUUGAAAACAAUGACAACAUGAGAGUAGCAAAGAAUAUUACUUUGAAAAAUCAGGCCGGGAACGAUGAUUAUAAAAACACACAAGGGUUUGACAGAGGACAUUUAUUUCCAAGCUCGUAUGGAUCUACUGAAAGUGAACAAAGCUCUACUUUCACCCUGACUAACAUUGUUCCGCAAACAGACAACUUCAACCAGGGAAGCUGGAAUAAAAUGGAGAUAUGCAUUAAAUGUGUGUUGAAUGAAUAUUGCAUUAACAAUAAUGGCAAUAUAGAAGGCUUUGUAGUGAUUGGAGCAAAGCCCAGCAGCAGAAAUAUCCUGAACAAAAAGAUCAAUAUUCCUUCAGUACUCUGGUCGGCAUUCUGCUGCUACAGUCACAGUAAAAAGAAAUGGUUGGCAAGUGCACACUGGGGCAAAAACACAGCUGAUGGGCCAAAAUAUCUGCAGACGCAGAACUUGAAAGCACUCCAAAGAACUCUGGGAGUUGAAGCAUUUCCUGAAACACAAUGUCCUCUUCAUACAACCGUAACUGAGGUUUACUCAGAACUUUCCUCUAACUGCAACUGCCCACCAGCCAUGUCAAGUACAACCACUUAUGGUCCUCCCAGCACCACACUAUCCGCAACUGGCACUACUUUCGAGGCUCCCAGCACCACACCCUCCACCACCUCUGGCCCACCCAGCACCAUGCCCUCCACCACUUCUAGUGCACCCAGCACAACUUACUAUACCAACUGCACCAACACUGGCCCUAUCAGCAGAAUGCCCUCCACCACCUCUACCACUCCAAGCGCUACUCACUCGGCAACUGGAACCACCUCUGGCCCUCCCAGCACCAUGCUCUCCACCACGUCUGUUUCUCCCAGCAAAACUCACUAUACCACUGGCACCACCACUGGCACCACACCUCCCAACACUGGCACUACCUCAGAGGCUCCCAGCACCACGCCCUCCAACACCACUAUCCCUCCCAGCACUAUUCACCCUGCUAGUGGCACCACCUCUGACUCUCCCAAACCUACUCACUCUACCACUGGAACCACCUCUGGCCCUUCCAGCACCUUGCCCUCUACCACUUCUGGUGCACCGAGCACUACGCACUAUACCACCGGCACCAAGACUGUCCCUCUCAGCAUCACGCCCUCCACCACCUUGACUGCUACCAGCGCUACAAACUCUACCACUGACACCCCCUCUGGAGCUCCCAGCACUACUCACUCGGCCACUGGAACCACCUCUGGCGCUCCCAGCACCAUGCCCUCCACCACCUCUGGCCCUGCUAUCACUACCAACUCUACCACUGGAACCACCUCUGGCCCCCCAAGCACCAUGCCUGCCACCAAUUCUGGCCCUCCCAUAACUACGCACUAUACCACCGGCACCAAGACUGUCCCUAUCAGCACCACUACCUCCACCACCUCUACCGCUCCCAGCGCUACUAUCUCUACCACUGACACCUCGUCUGGCGCUACCAGCACUACUCAUUUGGCCACUGGACCCACCUCUGGCCCUCCCAGCACCAUGCCCUCCACCAAUUCUGGUGCUCCUAGCACAACUCAAUAUACCACUGGCACCAUCUCUGGCCCUACCAGCACCACACCUCCCAACACUGGCACUACCUCAGAGGCUCCCGGCACCACGCCCUCAACCACCUCUGGCCUUCCCGGCACUGCUCACCCUACUAGUGGCACGACCUCUGGCUUUCCCAAAACUACUCACUCUAUCACUGGAACCACUUUUGGUCCUCCCAGGACUACACACUAUAACACUGGCACCACCUCUGGCCCUCUCAGCACCACACAUUACAACACUGGCACUACCUCAGAGGCUCCCAGCAACAAACGCUCUACCACCUCUGGCCCUUCGAGCACCACUCCUUUCAAAACUGGCACUACUUUAGAGGCUACCAGCACCAUGCCCUCCACCACCUCUGGCCCUGCUAUCACUACCAACGCUACCACUGGAACCACCUCUGGCCCCCCAAGCACCAUGCCUGCCACCAAUUCUGGUGCUCCUAGCACUACUCACUAUACCACUGGCACCAACACUGGCACUACCAACACCAGGUCCUCCAACCCCUCUGGCCCUCCCAGCACUACUCACCCUACCACUGACACCACCUCUGGCCCUCUGAGCACCACACAUUACAACACUGGCACUACCUCAGAGGCUCCUAGCACCACACCCUCCACCACCUCUGGC